GGUCCCCAACUCCAGCAGCUACUCCUGCUUCCUGGAGAACCCCCACCCCCAAUGGCCAGACUCCCCAGUGCCCCAUGUUCAUCCCCAGCCUCGCCCUGCCAGCUUCCCUCGCCCUGCCAGCUUCCCUCGUCCGUCCUUCUAAUCAAACCGUCUGUGGGGAACUAGCCCUCAAAUGAGGCCGAGUAUGUGUGGCUUGUCCUGUGUGGGCAGGUGGUUGAUGGGAUUCUUUCUUCCCCAGCCUCCAGUGGGUUUCAGCUUAACGAUGGCUUUCUGGAGCUGUUUAGAAGCGUGAACAGAUGCUGUCGCUACAGGAGAAGGGAUGGCAAGCGUUGUCAGGAACCCUGACCUUGAAGUGUACCUCCUUAAUGGCCUGACAGCUCAGAGAGAAUGACACCCCGGGAGGUCUCCAUGCUGCCGGCUGGGGACAGGAAGAUGUCCUCUGCCUGGUAUGGCCACGAGCAUUUGUACAUUGCAGUGUCCUUGUUCACCCACACCUCCUUAAACAGCACCUUCAAAUGCCCCCGUGGCUGCCGGCUGCUUGAGCCAAAUCUUUAUGAUUGAUCCCCUAACCUACACGCUUGCCCUCUGGCUGGCUCACAGCUGUCCCUGACCUCACCCCUGCCAUGAUGUCACAGCUCAACAGCUCUGCUGUUCCCAUGGCAACAGCCUGCUAUGGGUAGCCAGCCAGGGCAGAGGCCGGGCUGCAGGUGGAGGCGGGGAAGCGAUUCCAGCCACCUUAGAUGCCUCCAGUGAUGGGCGUCUCACUACCUACAAAGUCAGCCCAAUGAUUUCAAGACAGCCCUGGAGACAGUGCUUCCUGCCCCCCGUCAGCUUCUGCCUCCCUGUAAUGUGUUCUGGGUGGUCUAGCUCAGUCAUCUGGAGACACACACAGUUUGCUGUGGAACAGUGUGGCUUCUGUGGCCCCUCAGGCCCGGGGGCGCCCCUUGAACCCUCCACUGUUGGCUCCAAGCACCUUCCCUGGGAAGCUGCAUCUGCUGUGUUCGCAGACAGGAACAGAAACAUGGAUGGAGCCACGUGGUUGAGCCUCUGUCCUGAUAACGAAGCCGUGCUUUGGAGGAAAAAGCACAAAUUGCUGCAAGCCCGGGGCAAAGGCGAUCUCGCUCUGCAGAGAAGAGCGGAUGUCAAGCUGUGGAAAAGCUACCAGCUCCAGCGCUUGGCUGAGGAGUUGAGGAGAGGGUGUCGGGAGGCGAGGCACCUGCAUGUCGGUGGCCCAGAUAGGCUGCAGUCAGCCCGUCUGCUAGGCUGGGGAGGAGGACAGGCCAGGGAAAAUGAGCCCGACUCAGAGGGGCCCGUCCAGCGAAGAUCAGCCAGGCCCCCGAGGGCCAAGGAGAAGCACAGAGCAGCCCUUAGUGAAGAGAGGAGUUGCAGGGAAGAGUUGGGCCAGCAACACCCCAGGCACUCCAGGCCCCGGAAGACAGCAGCGAGCCCAGACAAACCACAGACUACAGAAGCCACGGGUCGGAUGAAUUCUCACCUGGCCCCGCCUGAGAAGAGAAAGGGUAGGCCAGAACCUUCGACCAAGUCUGGGGGUGGCCGCUGUGCCAUCCACCCUCGGAGGAGCAGAGGGGCGGACCUAGAAAGGUCAAACCCACUCGUGGCUGCUGUGGGAGAAAUCGGGCGUGUGGAGGAAAAAGAGAAAGGAACGGCUCGGGCGGGGAGGAGGCAACUGGGAAAGGGGGCAGUUUGCUUUGUUCCAGCCCUGACCAGUCACUCUCAGGGACAGAGUCCGGAGGGGAAGCUGAAAGACCUCGGGCAGCUGUGGCCAGCUGAUUCCAGCCGCAGAAGGGAAGCCAUGUCCCCAGCAUCUCAGUGCACGCUCCAGGAGAAGAACAAGUGGCAGAAAGAGCUGGAGUUGGCCUUUGAAGAGUUGUUUAAUAUAAACAGAAAGCUGAAAAAACACCUGUGCUUGUACCUGGCACUGAAGCCCAGGAUGCACCAGAGACCUGGGGAAGAGCAUGCCUUCUCAGAGAUGCAAGAAUGUGGCGCUGGGACCCCAAGAGGGAAGAAAACGGCAGAUGCAGAGAUGCUGCCUGCCGAGGAACCCAGGAGCCUAGCGGAGGAGGAGGAGCAGCAGGCAGCGUCCAAGACCGACUUGAAAACGUUAAUGGGCAAGGCCCAGAACCAAAAAUAUCAGGGCACGGUCAAGCCCAUGUUUAGAAAUGGAAGUCAAACAUUGUCUCCCGAGGCAGGUAUAUUUAUCAACAAAGAGGACUCAUUAUUGUAUAGCACUGAAUCUGGACAAGAGACCCCCAAACUGGGCACGCUGGCAGAGGGCUCCCUUCAGCUCCACCUUCAAGACCAGGCAGACAGAGUGGGCUCGACGGCAUCCAGGCAAAGGCAGAAAGCAGAGAUGGAGCAGAGAAGACAAAAACAACUGGAAUCGCUUGAACAAAUGGAACACCCAGAUAUGAGCUUGGAAAUCCACUACAAGGCUGAGUUAGAAAAAGAGAGGAGGGAGCAAAGAAGAGCUCGACUGGCCCAUCUGAAGUCCUCCUCCACAAGAGCCCAGGAAAGGGAGAGAGGAUCUGAGCUAAGCACCACUUCCCCAUCGGGCACCAGCCUCGCCGACGACAACCGGCACAGUCAGAUGAUCCGAGACCAGCAGCAGCAGAUUUUAGAGCAAAACAAGUUGCACAAGCAGUUUCUUGAAGAAGCCAGGAAACGCUUGCGGGAGUUUCAGAACAUAUGCUAAACGCGAGAGGCCCACCCGGGGUAAAUACAUCACUGAUAAUGGUGAUGCCAGAACUGGUACCCGGGUCUCUAAGAUCUGUGUUUGCGUCAUUGCCUCAGAGACUAUUAGGCCUCUUUAAA